ACACGAAUAUACUCUUUUCCUUAUCAGAACAAUCCCUAUCUAAAUUCAUCAUCCAAUAAUAUAAUAAUCAUUGAGAAAAGGGUGUAAGCUACCGCAAUCGUCUUCUAAGAGCUCUGCUUUUUGCUGAUUAUGCAUCGGAAGUUAUAUUGGGUUGUUGUGAAUUACUUUUACGUUUUGGGUACCCGAAAUCAAGAUUGGUAGCUUGAAUUUGUGCUCAUUUAGCUUUAAUUUGAAGUGGGUUUCAGUGAAAAGGCGUUAAAUUUUUCUCAGAAACUGUAGUAAUUGCAGCAGGAAGCAGAUAAUUCAUAAAUCCUAGUUAAUAUGUCAAACAUAGACAUUGAGGGAAUCUUGAAGGACCUUCCUCACGAUGGGCGUAUUCCGAAAACAAAGAUUGUAUGCACCUUGGGCCCGGCUUCUCGGUCUGUGGUGAUGUGUGAGAAGCUAUUGCGUGCAGGGAUGAACGUUGCCCGUUUCAACUUCUCUCACGGGACCCACGAGUAUCAUCAGGAGACAUUGAAUAAUCUUCGUAUCGCUAUGCAAAACACUCAGAUCUUGUGUGCCGUCAUGCUUGAUACCAAGGGGCCCGAGAUUCGAACUGGAUUCUUGAAAAACGAGAAACCGAUCCAACUCAAGGAAGGCCAUGAGAUCACAAUAAGCACCGAUUACACUAUUAAAGGAGAUGAAGAGACCAUAUCUAUGAGCUACAAGAAACUGCCCGUCGACUUAAAGCCGGGAAACACCAUCUUGUGUGCAGAUGGCACGAUCACGUUAACAGUCUUGUCGUGUGAUCCUGCAUCUGGGACCGUUAGAUGUCGCUGUGAGAACACAGCCAUGUUAGGUGAGCGGAAAAACGUGAAUCUUCCUGGUGUAGUUGUUGAUCUUCCUACACUUACUGAGAAGGAUGUAGAAGAUAUUCUUCAAUGGGGUGUUCCCAACAACAUUGAUAUGAUCGCGCUCUCGUUUGUUCGUAAGGGGUCUGAUCUUGUGAAUGUUCGUAAGGUUCUGGGCCCACAUGCCAAGAAUAUUCAGUUGAUGUCCAAGGUUGAGAACCAGGAAGGAGUUGUAAACUUCGACGAGAUCUUGCGUGAGACUGACUCGUUCAUGGUUGCUCGAGGAGAUCUAGGAAUGGAGAUUCCCGUUGAAAAAAUCUUCUUGGCACAAAAAAUGAUGAUCUACAAAUGUAAUCUUGCUGGCAAGCCAGUGGUAACCGCAACACAAAUGCUUGAGUCAAUGAUCAAGUCACCCCGACCCACCCGUGCUGAGGCCACCGAUGUGGCAAACGCAGUUCUCGAUGGCACAGAUUGUGUCAUGCUUAGUGGAGAAAGUGCAGCCGGUGCAUACCCCGAAAUCGCGGUCAAGACCAUGGCCCGUAUCUGCAUUGAAGCCGAGUCGUCACUCGACUAUGGAGUCAUCUUCAAAGAGAUGAUAAGGUCAACCCCGUUGCCAAUGAGCCCGUUGGAAUCGCUUGCAUCAUCUGCCGUUCGAACCGCCAACAAGGCUCGAGCCAAACUCAUCGUGGUUCUAACCAAGGGUGGAAGCACAGCAAAGCUAGUGGCGAAGUACAGACCUGCUGUCCCGAUUUUGUCAGUGGUGGUCCCUGUUUUGUCGACCGACUCGUUUGACUGGACCUGUAGUGACGAGGCACCAGCUAGGCAGAGUCUUGUGUACAGGGGAUUGGUUCCGCUUCUUGCUGAGGGCUCGGCUAAGGCUACUGAUGCUGAAUCUACUGAGGUGAUUUUGGAAGCGGCUUUAAAGUCGGCAACUGCUAGAGGGCUGUGCAAGGAAGGGGACGCUGUGGUGGCGCUCCACCGUAUCGGUGCUGCAUCUGUUAUCAAGAUCUGCGUAGUCAAGUAAGAUGGUCAACGUUAGCUUGAUCUUUCACUUUGGUUGUUAAAUCAGUUUGUAUUGUAUAAGUUUCUUGAAGCAUGUUAUGACUUACGAGUUAAUGAUGCGGAUCAUAUGCGACCAUGUGCUGGUCUAAAUAAAAAGAUACCGAUCUGCUUUUGUAAUUGAA